AUGUCACAAGGAAAUAUUCACUCAUUUGAAGAAAAUGGUACAUUUGAACAACAACAACAGAAUGACUCAGAAGAAACAGAUUGCAGUGUUUCAAGUGAUUCAGAAUCUGAACAAGAUAAUGAUACCAACCUGGUCACUACUGCUCUACAUGAUUUAACUACCAAUACUGGAUCACAAAAUACUUUACCCACUAGUACUAGUAGCGGCAGUAGUAGUAGUAAUGCACCAUCUAUCAGCUCAGACCAAGGCAGAACGAGAAGCAGAAGUAAUGCAGACUAUACAGCCUACACUAAUUCAGGUAGUCAUCUACCACCAAGGUCUCAACGUGUAUGGGAAUUAGAUAGACAUGCACCCGAAUGUAGACGUUGUCACCGACGAUUUAACUUUUUGGUUAGAAGACAUCAUUGCCGUCGCUGUGGACAGAUAGUGUGCGAUAAAUGUAGUUCUCACCGCAUAAGAUUACCCGUUGAAGAACUGAUAGAGGACCCAAUGAUAUCGUCAUCACAAUAUCCAUUUUUAGCUUCACAAUCACAGAGAGUAUGCGACUCAUGUUAUCGUGAACCCAUACGACGCUCUUCUGAGUCGUAUCAUCGAAAAUAUUCACGUCAAUACAUGUUUGGCUCUGAAAUGCAGCGUAGCAACAGCUCUCAAAGUUUAAUGAUCGACUGUCCUGUCUGCGGAACUUCAUUUCUAACAAUGCAGAAAGAGGAGCAAGAACAGCAUUUACAGAGGUGUCUUAAUGUAGGAAGUCCACCCGUACAAUCGCCAAGGUACAUAGUGUAUGAGUUGCCUCAAGAUUCGACACAGGUUGGAGAAGAGUGUCCUAUCUGUUUUGAUGAGUUUUCAAAAGGAGAUAAAAUAGCAAGGAUGAUCUGUUUAUGCACAUAUCAUCAGCAUUGUCUAUCGUCUUGGUUACAAAGAGGCAAAGGAUGCCCUGUUCAUUAUGACACUAUGCUUCGUCAACCAGAAGAAUGA